AAGUGACGUAAUUGACCCCUUUGACGUCACCAAUUCAAACAAUCCUUUUAGUUAGGUAGUAAACAAACCAGAAAUCAACUUUGCACUAGAUUCCUUAUGUAUUUUUUACCUAAAAACCCAAAUUACACAUAAAUACAAGAUUUCUGAUGACGUCAUUCAAAAUUUGAUGACGUCAUCAAAAAAAUCAAAAUACAAUCUUGUAGCAAUUUUUCCAAAGAACAAAAGUCUAAUUGAUCUUAUUUCGCCAGCACAAACACCUGUGUCGCUAGAGAGCAAUAUGUGACAGUCGGUCAAAAAUGAAAAUUUGUUAAAAUAUAUCUCGUCCCCAAAGGGUUAAAGGUUAUUGUUGCAUUAGUUCCAACGUAAUAUAGCAUUUGUAAGUUAUAUUUCUGUCAUUAAAAUGUUGGAAACAGAAAACCGCAUAUCGAGCUACACGAAAAGUUCUGGGUGUUCGAGUGAUAUUGGUUGUGAUGAUCUGGCAAAAGUGAAAGCGUUGUCUAAAAAGCUCAAGCUGUCGACCAGGCGCAGGUCUGUACUGCAAUGGCAAACCACGAUCGGCGAGAAGCAUUGUUUGAGAAACUCUGUAACCGAAGACACACUCGAAGCUAUCGUGGAACAAACUUCGCCCGUUCAUGACGUCACAGAACCGAAUUUUGUGACGUCAUCGAGCAUUUUAGAAAAUGAUGACGUAACAAAUAUGGUGAAACUCUGUCAACCAAACACACAAGAUGUAUCGGUCAAUGAAACUAGUACAACAGACUGUAUAGAACAGGAAACAACAAAAGAUAUAAAACUUACGAAACCGGAACAACAUGAGAAACUACCUGAACGUUGUAGAAAUAUCACCGAUUCCCUUAUCAGCAUUCGUAGAGAAUUGAUGUUGAUGCGUAUGGAAGAUCACACUAUUUCACGCAAACUGCUAGACAUUCGUGAAGAAAUGAAACGAAUGCGAGUGAAUCAAAUGUGUGACGAACAUGCCGCCAUGUUGGAUGACUUCUCAUGGGAAAUCGACGAAGAAGAACAUUUAGAUCUAAAACUAAAAGCUGUGAGCGACCUUUCGAGUGCUCUUGUACGAAAACCUGAUUCCUUGCUGUGGAGUUCCUCCCCGUUACGUCACAUUGGAAUCACAAAGAAGUCGAUGGAGUUUCGAAGAUUUUCUGUCAUUUGAAAAUAUUUUUCCAACUUUUUGUUCUAUUUCUUAAAAGUUUUUUUUUGUAGAUUGUUCUUUUAUUCUUGUUUCGGUAUUUCUUUAUAUUUUGUUGCUGCUGUUUCGUUGUUAAACUAAACGCAAUUAUAGAUUAUCGCUUGGAGACGCACGGUUUAUAAAUAAGACCGCUUAUGUCGCAAGGAGUAUAAAUUAAAAAGACGGGA